AUGGAGGCCGACUCCUCGCAAACUACAAAUCAGAUGCAAACGGAUUCUUUGUCUCCAUCUCCUAACACUGUGUCGCCAGUGCCUUUAAAUAACCCCACAAGUGCCCCAAGGUUUGGAACUGUGAUUCCUAAUCGCAUCUUCGUUGGAGGAAUUGAUUUUAAGACUAAUGAGAAUGACCUAAGGAAGUUUUUUUCCCAAUAUGGCUGUGUUAAAGAAGUAAAGAUAGUAAAUGACAGAGCAGGAGUAUCAAAGGGGUAUGGUUUCAUCACAUUUGAAACUCAGGAAGAUGCACAAAAGAUUCUACAAGAGGCUGAAAAGCUCAAUUAUAAAGAUAAGAAACUGAACAUUGGUCCAGCAAUACGAAAACAACAAAUAGGGAUUCCUCGAUCCAGUAUAAUGCCUGCAGCUGGCACGAUGUACUUGACUACCUCCACUGGAUAUCCUUACACAUACCACAAUGGAGUGGCUUAUUUCCAUACUCCCGAAGUUGCCUCCGUUCCACAGCCGUGGCCUUCACGUUCUAUUUCCAAUUCCCCUGUAAUGGUGGCCCAACCUGUUUAUCAACAGCCUGCAUAUCAUUAUCAGGCUCCAGCGCAGUGCCUUCCAGGACAAUGGCAAUGGAGUAUUCCACAGUCUUCUGCCUCUCCCACCUCAUUCUUUUAUCUGCACCCUUCUGAAAUUACUUUCCAGCCACUGGAGAUUACACAGGAUGGUGGAUGCGUUCCUCCUCCCCUUUCCCUAAUAGAAGCUGCAGUUCCAGAGCCAUAUUCCGAUCAUGGUGUUCAAGCAGCCUAUCAUCAAGUUUAUGCUCAAAGUGCUAUUGCCGUGCCAGCCCCUGUGAUGCAGCCGGAGUCUAUUAAAGAAGCCAGGAUACAUUCUGUGAGAAGAAAUUUUUCUCAUUCUUCAUCUAUGAGUUUGAAGCCUCGAUAUGCACGAAGUCCCCAUUUUCAUCCUCGAAAAGAUUACAGAUCAGACGACCCAAUGCUCACUGCUCCUUCCUCUACAGACUCUGUUAAAUAGAGCCUUAGUUAUCUACCAAAUUACUAGUAUCUUAGCACAUGAAGGUAUGUAAUUUUGUAGCUCUUAACGUUUACUGAGCACAGCGCAGUCAA